GAUUGUUCGAAUUCGUCUGCAAAGUGUAUUGGUAGUAAAACACGCGACACGCGGUAUCAAUUAUUUUAGAAUACUGAAACUUAAAUGUAUAAAUUGUGAAACAUUUAUUUAUGAAAUGUCGAAAGGCAAAUCCCUAAGUGAAAGAUUAGCCGAACUUGCCAAUCCAACACCUCAGUUUGCUGAUCCAGAAGAUGAAUACAACGAAGAAAGUAAAGCAAGGCUGGAGUCCUUUGAUGACCAAUAUGAGUCGUAUGAUAACACUCAGGUGGUUAAGAAUAAAGCACCAAAAAAUAAAUCUAAUCUACGCCAAAAGAAUGUGGAAUUAUUAGCUGUUUCAGAUAGCCGAUAUGCUGGGAAGCGUGUCAGUCGCAAAGAUCUAAAUUCUCCUGUAGGAGAAGGCUACAAAAGUUCUGAGUCAUCUUUAGAAUCUGAUAAUGAAAGUGGGGAAGAAAAUAUUCUGGAAUUUAAGAACAAAUUCAUGAAAGAAACAAACAACAAAUCAGAGAAACCCAACAUCUUCCAGGAAUCAGAAGACGAAAGUGGUUCAUUGAAAUCUGAUAUUCAUGAAGAAGAUAGUAAUGAAAGUGAAUUGAAUAAAUCUGAAGAUGACGAAGAAGCUGAUUUUGAAGAAGGAGAGGGUGAAGAGGAGGGUGAAGAGGAGGGAGAAGAGGAGGGAGAAGAGGAGGGAGAAGAGGAGGAAGAAGAGGAAGGAGACAUUGGAAGUGUAGAUGACAGUGAAGGAGAAGAAAAUGAAAAAGUUAAAAAAAUGUCAAAAAAUUCUCAUGAUAAUGAUAUAAACAAGGGAAAAUCUAUCCAAAAUCAACUCUCAUUAUGGGAUCAUCUUCUUGAGUGUCGUAUAAAGAUGCAUAAAGGAAUAAAUUUAUGUAAUCAGUUACCUCAAGCUCCUUCAAAUUACAAGCUUUUUACUAAAGCAAGUGGAGAAAACCAUUUUGUUGCAGCAGGUCAAGGUGCUCAGGCAGCUAUUAAAUCAUUAUUGGACAACUGCCUUGAGCUAGAGGAGCUUCUUCUUAAAUCUAAUCCACAAACAAAAGCAUUAACGCAACGAAAGUCUAACGAAGAGGGCAGUGAUGAAGAAAUUCCAAGUGACACUGACGAAGAAGCUGGAGAAGACGACGAGGACAUUGAUGAUGGAGGACCAAAGCGCAAAAAACAAAAAAUAGUCGGAUAUGAAUCCGAGAUUGGAGAAAGACACGAAAAAUUGCGCGGUUUUUGGCAUCGUACACUGAACAUGUGGAAUGAAAAAACAAGAUUAGCAUCAGGGAGAACGGGGUCUGGAAGCAAAGCCGGAUUUGGGGCUUUUGAUCAAUCUAUCUUGAAACAAAUUGAGGGUAUCCUUAGCGACAAGCAACGGUUGAUAAAUCGUACACGGAUAAAGAGAUCUACCUAUCGCAUACUGGGAUCUAUUUCUAAACUCAGUCCCAAGGAAAAUACAAUUAAUGGAAAAGAAGAGGAACACACACAAGAUGACCAACAUUUACCCGAAACUAAAGAAGUCGAUUAUGAAGAAUUCGAUCCUGAAAUUUAUGAUGACGAUGAUUUCUAUCAUCAAUUACUUCGUGAGUUAAUUGAAAAAAAAACUGGCGAAGCUGGCUCAAAUCAAAUUGCUCUUGGAAGGCAAUGGUUAGAAAUUCAAAAGUUGCGAUCGAAAGCCAAACGAAAAGUCGAUUCAAAGGCAAGCAAAGGACGAAGACUUCGAUAUCAGGUGCAUCCUAAACUUGUUUCCUUCAUGGCUCCGUAUCCUGAGGCUUCAUGGAAUGACAUUGCCAAAAAUGAGCUGUUUGCCUCGUUGUUCGGGUCAGGGCCUACUGAUAAGUAAUUGUGAUGACUGUCUUUUAUGUAUGUUCUUUAUAUAAGACGUCUAAAUAAACUUUCAGUCUCGUGUG